AUGAAGUUCUGCCAUAGUGUUUAUCUUAAGUCUAGGGGAGGACAGGACAGCCCUGCAUAUUCUUGCAUACUAGACGCCAACAUCGGUAACAUUUCUCCAUUUGAGAACGGCAGCUGGGUCCAUGGACAAUUCCACAUCGGCCACCAACUGGAUGUUGACGUUAAAAGUAAUAGUCCGCAGGUCUCCGUUGUGGUCCAAGGCUAUGAUUUAUAUCGGCAUAAACAUUCUACAAUAGGACAAUUUAAGACUUAUAAAAUUUCUUUUAAAGGAAAUGACGUAAUCUAUGAGUUGACAAAGAACAAGGACCAAGAACUCCGGGUUGAGCUACAAAGAUUUAAUGGUGACAAAGCAUUCGCUCAGUACAAAACAUUUUAUGUCAGGAGCGAAGGCAGUAAAUACAGAUUAAGUGUGUCUGGCUAUUCAGGAACAGCGGGUGACAGUUUAACUUCCGUUCACAAUGGUAUGAAAUUGAGCACAAAGGACCAAGACAAUGACAGUAGUGGUCAUAACUGUGCCACAAAAUAUCACGGAGCCUGGUGGUACCACAGCUGUCACUACUCAAACCUGAACGGGCUGUACGGACAAUCUGGUGUGUUUGGUGGCAAAUAUCCGGUAUUGUAUCACUGGAAACGUAAUGAAGAAGCGUUACAAAAAACCAUGAUGAUGAUCAGACACAAGAACUAG